CUUCCCACGUCUGCGGGUCUGGGCUUGCGCGACUUCUUUUCCUUCCAGCCCGGAGCGACGAGCGGAUCAUGGGGGCUCUGGGUGCCCGGCGCGGCCUGGAGUGGCUGCUGGGCUUCUACUUCCUCUCGCACAUCCCCAUCACUCUGUUCAUGGACCUGCAGAUGCUGCUGCCGCACGAGCUCUACCCGGCGGAGCUGAAAAACCUGAUGAAAUGGUAUGUUAAGGAGUUCAAAGACCCAUUCGUACAAGACACUCCAUCAUGGCUAAAGUCCUUCUUAUUGUGUGAGCUUUUGUUCCAGCUGCCUUUCUUUCCCAUUGCAACAUAUGCCUUCUUCAAAGGAGGCUGCAAAUGGAUUCGUACCCCUGCGAUCAUCUAUGCAGUUCAUACUAUGACAACACUAAUUCCAGUCCUCACCACGCUUCUACUUGGGGAUUUCUCCAAAGCCAGUGGUUUCAAAGGACAAGGACCAAAGACUUUUCAUGAACGAAUAACCCUUUUAUCUGUCUAUACCCCCUACUUUAUUAUCCCUCUCAUGCUUCUGAUUUUCAUGUUGCGGAGUCCCCAGUACAAGUAUGAGGAAAAAAGGAAGAAAAAAUGAAAAAGUACCACUGGCCCAGAGGAGAGAUGCUUACAGGGCAGUUUCUUAUUGAGCCGGUACUAGGAAAACUGCUCAGACCCUAUGUCUUCAGUAGCAUUUGGAAUACACCAGCAGCAAUACACCAAGAGCAAGAACUAACAGGAAAAAAGUCAGACCCCUCACUUCCCAGAAUACCGGCACAAACAGACCAGUCACCUGAAGGGCAGAGAGAGGGGUACAGCUGGGGCUGUAAGGUGGUUAUACCUCUCUGUAUGCCCAAGUUCCACUGCAGAAUUACUUCAAAGCAGAUCAGGCCAGAAACUGGAUGAACAUCUGUGAUAUACAGUCUAGAUGGGCUAGGGAUAUGACUUACUGGUAGAGCACCCCCGCACACACACACACAAAACCCAACCAAAUUUGGCAUAUUCAUGAAUCAUUUAAGUCUACCUUCUCUCCAAAUGUUGUUUUCUCUAUUUUCAAGGACUACCUUACAGAAGUCCCUUUAUGCUAACGUGUUAUCAAACCCUGUGGAACACAACUUCCUCCAAAUUACUGUCUUUCCUCACUCAGUUUAAUCAUCCUAGUUUGUUCUUAGCCAAAGUGGGGAAAACAGCAGGACAUGAUAUAUCCAGCAUGUGCAGUUGGGCCACUUCACAUUACUACGUCACUAUUCUUGGUACUUGCUCUAAAUGGACACUCAAGGCCAACUCUUAAAUCUUGGGCAAAUAUCUGGGAAAACGUCGAGGCCAGUCCCAGUCAGUUCCUCCUUAUUGCCUGUCUUGCUCAUAAGCUAUAUUGGCCAGCCUGUGGGGGUAUUGUCUGACUUUCUGUCUGCUCCAAAUAAAAGCAGCUGCUGACCAC